GGGGGGCAGCGACGGCGGAGGGGAGAGUACAGGAGGAGAUGUUGACACUCUGCCCCCCCUGAUGUCUCAGACCACUGUGGUGUCUCAGACAGUCACAGAGGAGCAGAAGAACAAGAUCGUCAUCUGGGGGACAGACUCUCAGUGUGACGACCCUGAGCUGGCCGAGUUUGAGAUGUUAGAAUGUCAGGAGCUGGAGGCAUACCUGGUAGAAGAAGAGGAGGAGGAAGAGGAGGUGGUAUGUGUAGGAGUAGGAGUGAAAGGAGGUGCACGGCAGAUCCUCCUGGACCAGCCUGUCUCCAUAGUGGAUCUCGUCUCUGACAGUAAAGAGGGAGGAGGGAGGAGGACUAUUCAACGGGGCUCUGGGGGGCAGGACGCCGUCACCAUGGACUCUGGAGGAACCAGAGGGACGGCGGAGUAUGUGACGAGGACAGAGUUCAGCUCUGAGAAACACGUCUUGGUGUCCCGCCUGUCCACUAUGUUCAGUCCGGAUGGGAGUCUGGUCAGUGCUCUGGACGCCGCUGGACGGACACAGACCACCACCACAGACUCCUGGCACGUCCCCUCUGGACCCUCAGGACCAGACGGGCCCAUCUUAGAGGAUCUCACCCUGGCCUCCCAGUCUUGUUCCACCAUCUCAGACCAGUCCAAGGCCUCUCAGCCAUCCAAACAACCUCAGGCUCCAUCUAAAAGCACAAUACAACGAGCUGACCUCGAUCUAAACCAGAACACAACUGUUAGGUCUGAGAAGGUUGUCGUUCCGGAAGCACAAGUCAGUAACAACGUCGUAGUGGGUCGUUGUAAAUGUCAGCAGAACAUGGAGGAAGAUCAGGGCAAUGAAAAGCACAACCAGAAUCUGGAGCAGAGGUACCAGGAUGGUAGAGGCAGUGAAGGGAAGGCAGCUGAGGAACACCAAGAUGCUAGAGGUAGUGGGGGGAAGGCAGCUGAGGAACACCAAGAUGCUAGAGGCAGUGGGGGGAAGGCAGCUGAGGAACACCAAGAUGCUAGAGGCAGUGGGGGGAAGGCAGCUGAGGAACACCAAGAUGCUAGAGGCAGUGGGGGGAAGGCAGCUGAGGAACACCAAGAUGCUAGAGGUAGUGGGGGGAAGGCAGCUGAGGAACACCAAGAUGCUAGAGGUAGUGGGGGAAGGCAGCUGAGGAACACCAAGAUGCUAGAGGUAGUGGGGGGACGGCAUCUGAGGAACACCAAGAUGCUAGAGUGGGGGAAGGCAGCUGAGGAACACCAAGAUGCUAGAGGCAGCGGGGGGAAGGCAGCUGAGGAACACCAAGAUGCUAGAGGCAGCGGGGGGAAGGCAGCUGAGGAACACCAAGAUGCUAGAGGUAGUGGGGGGACGGCAUCUGAGGAACACCAAGAUGCUAGAGGUAGUGGGGGGAAGGCAGCUGAGGAACACCAAGAUGCUAGAGGCAGUGGGGGGAAGGCAGCUGAGGAACACCAAGAUGCUAGAGGUAGUGGGGGGAAGGCAGCUGAGGAACACCAAGAUGCUAGAGGCAGUGGGGGGAAGGCAGCUGAGGACCACAAGGUUAUUCCCCCUGAUAUGAACCAAAACUCACCUGCCAAGUUAGGCACAAAUGGGAUUCAAUCUGUUGAAACCAGAAGCUUGAAGAAGCUUGGCUCUUUUGAUAAAACCUCAAAGGAACAAGGAUCCUUCGGACAAAGCAUGAGGAAAACGACUUCGUUUGAACCAAGCAUAAAGAAAACAACCGUGUUUGAAAACACCACAAAGAAGUCGGCCUCAUUUGAUAGAAGUUUGAAGAAAGAACCUUUCUUAGAUAGAACGUUGAUGAAAGAGGCAUCCUUCGACAGAACGUUGAGGAAGCAAGGCUCAUUUGAACGCAGCUCCAGUCCUUCUAGCCUGGAUGGGAGGAAGCCUUGGGGUAGCCCAAGCAGGAGCCCCAGCCGCCCCGCCACCCCUCCCUGGUCCCCCAGGAGACCAGCCCCCUCCUCCCCCGCCAAGACCAGCUCCAGACCCCCCUCCUCCACCUCUCCAGCCAAGGCCAGCAACCAAGCCUCCAGCCAGGACCGCAGCGACUCCCCACAGAGGGGUACCACCAGUGGCCUCAAAGCACCUAGUAAGGUAUGUGUAAUCAGCAGCAUCCCCAAACCCAUCUCCCCUCAGCCACCUGCGGACCCUAGGAGGGCCUCUCCUCACAAACCCAAACCCGCCCGUCCAAAGAUCAUCACGUACGUCCGUAAGACCCCCCAGGUGAAGUCCCAGGGGACGGAGGUUGACCCAAAUGAAGCCUUGACACUCCCUCUCCGCCUGUCCUCUCCCCACCCCAGCCCUCCUACAGCCCACAGGAAGCCCCACAAGACAGGGCCCCAUUCUAAGGCCUCACAGGUGCUCUGCUCCUCUAAUAUACUAUUUGAUAAGUACCGGCAGGAGAUGCAGAAGGCAGGACACUUUCCCCCGGGUACCGGCAUGACGUCGCUGGGCAUCAAACCUCCCAGCCACCCUCCUCCUCACAACCUCUCUUUGAACUCUGAGAGCGUUCAUGGGGAACUGUCUGACAGAUACAUGCCUGAGCUGGCUCCAACACCUUCACAGCUGGCUCCCCAGGAGGGGACAGGCCUCUACCGUUCCCCCAGGCCCAGAGGGCCCCAGCUGGGGUUAGGGGCCGUCACCCGGCAGCCUGCUGCAGCCAAGAACAGGACUAUGUUCCAGGGCCAGACCGGUCAGAGGUCAGGGGUCGUGACCCUCAGCCAUCCAGGACAGCAACAGGCACCGCCAGGGAACAACCAGGGAAACCACGACUCCACAGCAGACCAGAGGACGCCAGGUCCAGAGACCACCGUGGCCAGGACCCUGCUGCCUAAACCGGGUCAGUCUCGUCUGCGACCCCCAGGCUUCUCGGCCUUGCCACCUGCCCGUCUGGUCGCCUUCGGCUUUGUACGCAGCUCCAGUGUCUCCUCGGUUUCCAGCAACCAAACGACAGUGAGCAACCACAGCGACCCCUGCCGACCCUCCCAACAAGGUGAACCUUCGCCCCAGUCUGAGGUCCUGAGCGCUCUGAAGCAGGUUUUUAUCAAGGAUCUCCAGAGCAGCCCCCAGCCCCCAACGCCCCUGCCCUCCCGCCGCUCCGUGCUGCCCCCGGCCCGGGUCUCUCCCACAGUCCGAGGUAGACCAGCAGAUCGUGGUGGUUCAGGGUCAGGGGUCGGAGGUCAGGAGUGUGAGCGUGCCCUGGUGCAGAAGCUGAGAGAGCGCUGUGAGGACCAGGCUCGACAGCUCCUGUCUCUGCAGGCUGAACUGAAGAAGGCUUCUCUUGGACUAGAGGUGUUUGCCAUUACUACACAGCACUUCUGCCACAAGAGUGAGAGUGCCAUCCUGAAGGAGAGGGAACUGUCCCUGGAGCUUGCCAGGAUCAGGGAUGAAGUGGCCUCAAGUGUGUCGCGGUGGGAGAUUCUGCAGCAGGACAAGGGGGAGUUGGAGCGGAGGUUUGAGCGGGAGCUGGAGGGUCUGCGUGCCCAGCAGCAGAGUGAGCUGGGCCGGCUGGAGGAAAGACUGAGGCAGUAUCACAGCCUAGAGAUACAGCGCCUGGAGGCCCAACGACAGGAGCAGCUGGAGAGACUGAGGACACAGCAGCUGGAGCAGAUGGAGGAGGUGACGGAGAACCAUGAGGAAGCUCUGACUGAAAUGGAAAACAACCACAAUGACACACUGGUCACUCUCAAGGAGGAGCAUGCCAGGACUGUCAAAAACCUGAAGAUGGCCCAUGAGCAGCAGAGGAAGUCAUUGGAAGAGGACUUUGAGAAGCUCAGACUGUCGCUGCAGGACCAGGUGGACACACUAACCUUUCAGAACCGCAGUCUGAGAGACCGAGCCAAGCGAUUUGAGGAGGCUCUACGCAGGAGCACCGACGAACAGAUCGUGGAUGCUCUGGCUCCAUACCAGCACAUUGAGGAGGAUCUGAAGAGCUUGAAGGAAGUUCUUUUAAUGAAGAAUCAACAGAUCCACGAACAGGACGUCAAGAUCUCUGAGCUGGAGAGAAUGCAGGCCCAAAAGAACGUGUUCCUGGAGGAAAGGGUGCAGAUGUUACAGCAGCAGAAUGAAGACCUGAGGGCCAGGAUAGACAAGAACCUAGCCAUGUCCAGACAACUCUCGGAAGAGAACGCCAACCUCCAGGAGUCAAUGGAGAAGGAGAGCAACGAGAAGAAACGCUUGAGUCGGAACAACGAGGAGCUGCUGUGGCGUCUGCAGAGCCCUCACAUGUCCCCCACCGGCUCCCCCAUCCACCGAGGCUCUCCCAUCCUCCACUCCUCCAACACCUCCUCCCCUGGUCACCACCGUUCCUCCGCUGGCCCUGGGUCACCCGCACGACCACACUCCUACCACCAAUGAGACGUCUCUCCUCAAUGCCUCCCCAUCGUCUCCAUCUCCCUAAUCUCCUUUUCCAGAUGAGGAGGUAGAUGAUGGAAGAGCAUUUCUUCCUCCCACUACAUCCCCUCAUCCAUCCACUGACUUCGUCCAUUCACUGACUUCGUCCAUUCACUGACUUAAUCCAUCCACUGACUUCAUCCAUCUGCUUACUUCAUCCAUUUAUUGAUUUCAUCCAUCCACUGACUCCUUCCAUCCACUGACUUCAUCCAUCCACUGACUCCGUCCAUCCGCUGACUUCAUCCAUUCAUUGAUUUCAUCCAUCCACUGACUUCAUCCAUCCCCUGACUUCAUCCAUCCCCUGACUUCAUCCAUUCAUUGAUUUCAUCCAUCCACUGACUUCAUCCAUUUAUUGAUUUAAUCCAUCCACUGACUUCAUCCAUCCAUUGACUUCAUCCAUUUAUUGAUUUCAUCCAUCCACUGACUUGUCUUGGGAAGUCUCUCUCCCUUUUUUUUAUAUGGAGGACGGAGGAACCUCUUCUUCUACCCACAACGUCUCUCCUUCCAUCCAUUCAUCCCUGGAACUCUGGGACUUUUCAUCCAUAAUUUUCCUCUUUAAUUUUUAUUCUCUUUCUUCAAUCAACGUUCUAUCCCGACGAGGGAGAAAUAUGUCUCCAUCCAGUCAACUCAGAAACAUUUUCCCCCCUUAGUGCAUAUUAGUGUCCCUAUCUAAGGAUAGUUGGCUUCGAUGCUGACCAGACCCGUUUGGGGGGGUUCAGUUUAGUAUCUCUGAGGUGAACGACCCUCUGUCUGUAAAACUUGCCCAGGUCCAAUGUUCCACUACUAGAUGGAUAUAGACACAGGCCAAGGCAACACAUCUGUGUGACAAAUUCUGAAGUGACAGAAUGUGUUUCCCAAGUAAGGACUGAGGACAGAGCUCCCCUCCAUCCCAUCUUGUUUGUUAUCUCCGACCUUCACGUAUUGUAAUAUCACAAGGUCUGUGCUCUCGAACCACGGAGGUUUUGAAAUGUAGGAUUUUUUUUGGUUUUUAACCCGUCUCUCUAUCAAAAAACACGCUGAUGCCCCUCCCCUUUAUGAAUUCUAUCAAGCAGACAGACUGAUGUAGAAGAAGGACUCUCUCCGCCAUUUUGGAUCUCAUGGUGCCUACAGUAUCUCUCUCCAUGUAUUUACCUCCAACUGUAUCUUCAGCUUACUGGUCAGAAACGCAACAAUGAAUACAAGAAGCGCCUUCGCUGUCCUGCCUUUACUGUCUGCCUUCUGUAUUACAGUAGGCAGGUCUCACACCAGCAAUAUCCUU